CCUCCCCCGCCACUGCGCCUGCGUGGUCCUAGCGUGGCCCGCGCCGCCGGCCGGGUAACUGUUGCUCCAGGCGACGCGACGCUCGCAGCCCCGGGCAUUUGUUCGGAGUCCCGGCUUGGGGACAGCGGCAGCUCGCCAUGGAGGGGCAGCCCCCGCCCGAGGAGGAGGAGGAGAGCGAGGAGAGCCAGCAGAGGCAGGCGAGGCGCGCCCGGCGGGCCAGUCUGGGCCAGACCCCGUCGGCCUCGGAGACCGUGGAGGCCGGCGAUGUGUCCGCCCGCGCGUCCCAAGCCAGCCUGGGCGCGCCCUUGUCCCAGACCAGCCUCCGGUGGUCCCUGCCCCCGGGGUCGCUGUCCAGCCUGGGCCUGCGCAUCGAAGACCUGGACGAGGAGAGCACGUCCCUGAUGGACACCCUGAGCCUGACGGGCCGGGUUCCGAGCCACGGCAGCAUGGCCGAAAACUACCCCGGCGGCCUGGACGCGGCGCAGUACGGCUUCUUCCAGCCGAUGGACUUCCACACGGCCAUGUUCCAGCCCGAGCCCGUGCUGUCCUCCGGCAGCUUCCAGCCCGACGAGGAGGAGGAGGCUCACGGUCCCUACGCGCUGGACGACCCGCAGUUCCGGGGCUCUCACCUGGACCCCGGCUUCGGCCCCUUUGACUACGAGCUGCCCGAGCCCGAGCCCCGGGAACUCAUGAUACAGAACGCCAAGGCCUACCUGCUGAAGACCAGCGUCAAGUGUGACCUCAGCCUGUACGAGCACCUGGUGAACUUGCUGACCAAGAUCCUGAACGAGCGGCCAGAGGACCCCUUGGCCAUCUUGGAGUCCAUGAACCGCACGGUCCAGGAGGAAUGGUUCCACAAGAAGCUGGAUACCCUGAGGGACGACCCUGAGAUGCAGCCGACCUAUGAGAUGGCCGAGAAGCAGAAGGUCCUGUUCCUCCGUGGGGCCGGAGAGGGCGAGCAGGAGAUGGAGGAGGAAUCCUCGGAGAUCCCCGUGCCCAACAUCAUCGAGUCGGCCUUCUACUUCGAGCAGGCGGGCGUGGGGCUCAACUCGGAUGAGACCUUCCGCAUCUUCCUGGCCCUCAAGCAGCUGGUGGAGCAGCAGCCCAUCCAGACGUGCCGCUUCUGGGGCAAGAUCCUAGGCCUGGAGCGCAACUACCUGGUGGCCGAGGUGGAGUUCCGCGAGGGCGAGGAGGAGGAGGUGGAGGAGGAGGGCGAGGAGCUGGUGGAGGGGGCGGGCGAGGCGAUGGAGGGCCGCGACGAGGAGGAGGGCGAGGAGGACGAGGAGAAGGAGGUGGACGAGCCGCCCAAGUCCACGUGGAAGCCGCCGCCCGUGAUCCCCCGCGAGGAGAGCCGCACCGGGGCCAACAAGUACCUCUACUUCGUGUGCAACGAGCCGGGGCGCGGCUGGACCAGGCUGCCCCACGUCACGCCCGCGCAGAUCGUCAAUGCGCGCAAGAUCAAGAAGUUCUUCACGGGCCGCCUGGAGACGCCCAUCGUCAGCUACCCGCCCUUCCCCGGCACCGAGGCCAACUACCUGCGCGCACAGAUCGCGCGCAUCUCGGCGGGCACGCAGAUCAGCCCGCUCGGCUACUACCAGUUCGGGGAGGAGGAGGGGGACGAGGAGGAGGAGGGCGGCGCCAGGCGCGACAGCUACGAGGAGAACCCGGACUUCGAGGGCAUCCCCGUGGUGGAGCUCGUGGACUCGCUGGCCAACUGGGUGCAUCACACCCAGCACAUCCUGCCCCAGGGUCGCUGCACCUGGGUGAAUCCCAACCAGAAGUCCGAGGAGGAAGAGGAGCUGGGCGAGGAAGAGGAGAAAGCCGAUGAACCCGAUGAGGUGGAACAGGAAAUCGGACCCCCGCUCCUGACCCCAUUGUCUGAAGAUGCAGAAAUCCUGCAGCUGACCCCCUGGACGGCCCGGCUCUCCUGCAGCCUCUGCCCUCAAUACUCCGUGGCCGUGAUUCGAUCCAACCUGUGGCCUGGCGCUUACGCUUACGCCACUGGCAGGAAAUUUGAGAACAUCUACAUCGGCUGGGGCCACAAGUACAGCCAGGAUAACUUCAACCCGCUCCUGCCUCCGGCCGUGCAGAUGGAGUACGUGAUUGGGCCGGAGACCAUGGAGAUGGUGGACCCCACGGUGGAAGAGGAGCAGGCCCUGAAAGCGGCUCAGGAGCAGGCCCUGGCCGCGGCCGAGGAGGAGGAGGAGGAGGAUGAGGACGAGGAGGACGAGGAUGCCGAUGACUAAGGGGGGCGGGGGUUUCUUAUCUUGUGAAUAGUAAGAGAACGAUUUAUUUUCUACGUU